UCGCCAGUCUGGGAACGGCCAGACCUUUGCCACCUGGGUUGAAGUCCUGCUUGGCCGGACUUUAGCCUCACCUGCAGCGCUUCCGCACAAGAGCGAUGCCCAGGCGUGGCACUGCCAAGGCGCUCCUGGGCUGCUUUGCCAGGGUGAAUGAGUUGGUGCCCCCUUUGCUCAGCUCUCUGCCCCUCUUUCUCCGCAGAGGCGUGUGCCAACCAGCUGGCCGGGCGAGGAUGGCGGAGAAUGGUCUUCCCCGCCAACGGGACAGGGUCCUGACCCUGGAGUCCAUGAACCCCUGCGUCAAGAGGGUGGAGUACGCCGUCCGGGGGCCCAUCGUCACCCGCGCCGUCCAGCUGGAGAAGGAGCUACAGCAGGGGGUAAAGAAGCCCUUCUCGGAGGUCAUCCGAGCCAACAUCGGGGAUGCCCAAGCCAUGGGGCAGAAGCCUAUCACCUUCUUCCGACAGGUCAGUGCGCUCUGCAUGUACCCCGAGCUCUUGAAGGACCCCAACUUCCCAGAAGAUGCCAAGGAGAAAGCGCGGAGGUUGCUGGCUGCAUGUGGUGGGCGCAGCAUUGGGGCCUACAGCGCCAGCCCAGGCAUUGAGCUCAUCCGCCAAGACGUGGCCCGCUUCAUCGAACGCCGCGAUGGAGGCGUUCCCUGCAACCCAGAUAACAUCUUCCUUUCCACCGGUGCCAGUGAUGCCAUUGUGACAAUCCUGAAGCUGCUGGUCUCCGGAGAGGGCCGCUCACGCACGGGGGUCCUGAUCCCCAUCCCACAGUACCCGCUCUACUCAGCCGCUUUGGCGGAGCUCAACGCCGUGCAGAUCAACUACUACCUGGAUGAAGAUAAGAGUUGGGCCUUGGAUGUUGGGGAGCUGCGGAGGGCCCUGCGCCAGGCUCAGGAGCACUGCCGCCCAAAGGUCCUCUGCAUCAUCAACCCCGGGAACCCCACCGGACAGGUCCAAAGCCGAAAGUGCAUUGAGGAUGUCAUCCACUUUGCGUGGGAGGAGCACCUCUUCCUCAUGGCUGAUGAGGUGUACCAGGACAACGUCUACGCCGAGGGCUCCCAGUUCCACUCCUUCAAGAAGGUGCUCUUUGAGAUGGGGCCCAAGUAUUCCGACAGCCUGGAGCUGGCCUCCUUCCACUCCAUUUCCAAGGGCUUCAUGGGAGAGUGUGGCUUCCGUGGAGGUUACAUGGAGAUCAUCAACAUGGACCCCGCUGUCCAGCAGCAGCUGACCAAGCUGAUCUCGGUCCGGUUGUGUCCCCCCGUGACAGGGCAGAUCCUUCUUGACGUGGUAGUCAACCAGCCCAAGCAGGGAGACCCUUCCUACCAACAGUUCAGCCAGGAGAAGCAGGCAGUGCUGAGCGCUUUGGCCAAAAAGGCCCGGCUGACCGAGCAGACUUUCAACAAAGCCCCCGGGAUCCACUGCAACCCUGUCCAGGGGGCCAUGUAUGCUUUCCCUCGCAUGCAGCUCCCUCCUCGGGCCAUCCAGGAAGCAAAGGCGCAAGGCCAGGCUCCGGACAUGUUCUUCUGCCUCCGGCUCUUGGAGGAGACCGGGAUUUGCGUUGUUCCUGGAAGCGGUUUUGGACAGAAAGAAGGGACCUUCCACUUCAGAAUGACCAUCUUGCCUCCGAUGGAAAAACUGGAGAUCGUCUUGCAGAAGCUGAGCCAAUUCCACGCCAAGUUCACCCAGGAAUAUUCACAGCCCCAGAAUGAGGCAGCAAGGACGUCCAAGAAGGCCGGCCAGUAAUGGGCCAACACUGUUGGCAUGGGAACUUGGGCCCACUUUUGGCGCUCGAGUCUUCUUUAAAGACUCUAGCAGGAGGCAUGUGCCAGUUGGCUGGACAUUUGACCCAGAUGGGCACCGCCAGGAUCAGCUCCAUCUUCUUCUUCUGAGCUCCAUUGUCCACUUCUCAUGGGACCCUUUUGGCCACAGCAGAGGCCAUUGCUUGCCCCAGUGUCCACAGGAAGAACCAUCCAUCUUUCUCCCCGUUCCUCCUUGGUUAUCUAUCCAUCUACUCCCUUUAGAGGUUCAAGUGGGAGGCACAUGCCAGUGGCCUGGACAUUUGACCCAGAAGGGCCCAAAUCCAAGCACCAUUGGACAUCUCAAGGGUAUGCCUUCAGCCAUAGCAGAGCCUGGUGCCCAAUGCAGAAGGAACCAGCUUGCCCACCCAUUGUCCACUUCAGAGCAUUGUCUCAUGGCUGCCAUUUGCUGCAGCCGAGCCCAUUGAACACCAUGCUGCCCAUAGAAAACUAUCCAUCUUCCUUCCCAUUCCUGCCAUGCCAAUGGUGCCAUCACCAUGCCAAUCACUCCUCCCACAUUUAAAUAGGAAAUACAGGCCAGUUGGCUGGCUCCAUCGUCCACUUCAGAGCAACAUCCCAUGGGUUUGACCAUCGUAGGAUCUAGUGCCAGCCACAGAAAGAGGUCACCCAGAAGGACAAGGUCAGGACUGGUUCCAGCGUCCACUUCCAAACACUGUCUGACAUCCCAUGGGUCCUGUUGACCACAACAGAGCCUAUAAUGGCCAACACAGAAAGAACCAGGUUGCCCAUCCAUUGUCCGUCCCAUUCCCAAAAUACCAAUGGUGUAAUCACCUUUGCAUCCAUCUCUUCUCUGGUCAAUUUUAAGAAUUCAAGCAGGAGGCAUGUGCCACUUGCUUGGGCAUUUGACCCAGAAGGUCAUGGUCCAUCACCCACUUACAGACACUAUUGGACAUCACAUAGCUACCCCUUUGGCCGCAACGGAGGCCAGUGUCCACCAUAGUGCCCAUAGAAGGAGCAAAUCCAGGAAACCAAGAUCAGGACUGGCUCUGUUGUCCACUUCCAAGCUCUAUCCAACAUCUCAUGGGUGUGCCUUUGGCUGCAACAUAGACCAGUGCCCACCAUGAUGCCCAUAGAAGGAGCAAACCCAGGAGACCAAGGUCAGGACUGGAUACGUUGUCCACCAUCCAACAUCUCAUGGGUGCCCCUUUGGCCGCAACGGAGGCCAGCGCUCACCAUGGUGCCCAUAGAAGGAGCUAACCCAGGAGACCAAGAUCAAGACUGGCUGCAUUGUCCACUUCCAAGCUCCAUCCAACAUCUCAUGGGUGCUCCUUUGGCUGCAACAUAGACCAGUGCCCACCGUGGUGCCCAUAGAAGGAGCUAACCCAGGAGACCAAGGUCAGGACUGGCUUUGUUGUCCACUUCCAAGCACCAUCCAACAUCUCAUGGGUGUGCCUUUGGCUGCAACAUAAACCAGUGCCCACCAUGAUGCCCAUAGAAGGAGCGAACCCAGGAGACCAAGGUCAGGACUGGACGCGUUGUCCACUUCCAAGCACCAUCCAACCUUUCAUGGGUGCCCUUUGGCCACAACGGAGGCCAGUGUCCACCAUGGUGCCCAUAGAAGGAGCAAAUCCAGGAAACCAAGGCUCUGUUGUCCACUUCCAAGCACCAUCCAACAUCUCAUAGGCACCCCUUUGGCCCCAGCCAGCACUCACCAUGUUGCCCAGAGCAAGGCUACCCUCCCAUUGUUCACUUCAGAGUACCGUCCAAGAUCUCAUGGGGACCUCUUUGGCUACAGCAGAGAUCAGUGGUCAGCAUGGUGCCACAGAAAGAACUAAGCUUCCCACCAGCCCUUUUCCUUCCUGUCCCUGUAAUGCCAAUGGAGCAAUCAUCUCUUCCCAGUUAUUUAUCACCUUUAAAGGUUCAAGCAGUUGGAUGAACAUAUGACCAGAAGAGCACGGUCUAUCGCCAACUUCCUAGCAUUACCUGACAUCUCACAGAUAUCCAGGUGGACACAGCAGAGACCCACGCCUGCCAUGGUGCCCACAGGAAGUGCCCAGCCAUGUUUCUUCCCAUUCUUGCAAUACCAGGGAGGGAAAUGUGCCUUUUGGGGGGCCUUCCUUUGGUAUACUUAACUGCCAUUUGGGGCUUCUCUCCAAGGGGUGUCCAAGGCCUUUAUGGAUGUGGGUCGCCAUCCAUGGUGACCCCAAAGAGUGAGAGAAGCAGCAGCCAGGCGUGGGAUAGUGGUCUUGUAGGGUUUGCCCCAAUGGAGUUUUCCAACACGGACAUUUGUGCUCAGGUUUAGGGUCUUUGCAGUCGUUUCCUCCUCCUGGUCUUUCAAUUUCUGUGAUUGAGAGAGAUGGACAAAAAAAGGAUCAAUAAAACCCACUUAGUGGAGAAAAACAAA